AUGGCCUCGACACAAACAGUCGCUGUCUUGGAGCAGGCAUUCUCAGCCGAACAAGUUCUACUUCCAGGCACCGAGGCCUAUAGGAAAGCCAAUGAAAAUUAUCUCUCAGCCUGCCUGAGUGAUUACAGUCCUGCAGCAUUUUUCCAACCCAGGGACCCAGCCGAGGUGGCUAAGUUUCUGCACCUAGCAAGUGAGCAUGACAUCCACUUUGCCAUCCGCGGUGGUGGCCAGCAGCCACUGGAAGCCUGCUCCAAUAUCGACAACGGGGUGACACUGGACUUGAGUCUCAUCAAGGGUGUCGAGCUCAAGGAUGGUAGCGUCUCAGUCGGAGCGGGCGAGCAUUGGCUGGCCGUGUACGAGAAAGUCCAAGCCGCCGGGCUGGCCGUGGGAGGAAGUCGAUCUGGGAAGGGUGGUAUCGGCGGUCUCUCUCUUUCCGGUGGGCUCUCAUUCUUCUCCACCCGCGAAGGCUUCAUCUGCGAUAAUGUCAUCAACUUCGAGGUCAUCACUGCCUCGGGGGAGAUUGUACAAGCCAAUGCCCAUGAGAAUGCAGAUCUUUGGAAGGCGCUCAAGGGUGGCGGUAACAACUUCGGAGUGGUCACUCGCUUUGAUUUGCGCACGUAUCCCCAAAAGCCAUUCUGGAGCGGCAUUGUAUUCUACCUUGCCUCCGAAGCCAAUUAUCCGGGGCAGGUGGAAGCACUUGUCAACGAGGUCACCAAGCCCGACGUCUCAAGUGACACUCAUUUCAUGGUCAAUCUGGGAUACUCGAAGCAGUUCGGCGACAACAUGAUGGGUCUGAAUCAGGUCUACUACACCGGGCAGGAUGCUGCCGAGCUGUAUGGCGCCAAUAACGAGGACACGGGCAAGGCCCGGAUCCCCCCGAUGCUCGAGCCGUUCACCAGCGUCCAACCACAGAUUGAGCAGCUCAACUCCUUCAAAAUUCAAACUCUGGCACAGGGUGCGACUGAGCAUGCCGUCAUGUCGUCUGACCGCGUCCGCUGUUCCUACAUGAAUUGCACACUACGCACAGAUACGGUCGCGCUGCUAUCGGCAGCUGAUAUCUACUCUAAAGCCAUUGAGCCGUUGAAGGACAUUGAGGGUAUAACCCUGUGUCUGACACUGCAGGCUUACCCAAAGUCCCUCUUGAGUAAGACUGCUGAGUUGGGCGGCAAUGUACUUGGUCUACCAUCCCAGGAGCCGCUCGUCACAGUUCUUCUCUUGACUUAUUGGAAGAACAGAGAGGACGACAAAAGGAUCGUGACGACUCUCCAGGAAGCCCUGACGGACAUGGAGAAAGACGCUGAUUCCCGCGGACAGAGGGUACCGUACAUUUACUUGAAUUAUACAUCCAAGUUUCAGGACCCAUUCCCGUCGUACGGUGAAGAGAACAAGAAGUUUCUGCAACAAACCAGCCGCAAAUAUGAUCCAGAAGGACUUUUCCAAAAGAAUGUUCCUGGUGGCUUCAAGCUAUUUUAA